CAGAAAGUAGCCUCUUGCCUCUCCUGUCUUCACUGUGGAGCCAGGCGGAUGUUGGUGAGUGCUGUGGACGCAGAAGUGCGACGCAGAAGUGAGAUCUGGAAAGUGUGAGAGUGUAGAGGAGGAGGAGAGGAGUGGAGUAAAGAGGAGAGGAGAGGAAGGCUAUCUCCCUCCUUCACCCGGUGGGCUUUUCUGCAGCAUCUUUCCUCUUCAUCAUGAAUCUCUGGAGUAAAAAAGUCCAGGGAAUUAUUACACUGGUCGCCCUGAUACUUUUCAGUUUGUACGGGGCAACAAGAGGAGAGGUUUGUCACAGUCCACUGGUAUCCAAUCUACUGCCAUUGUCCUUCAGAAGCUCCUCACAGUUGUCUGGCAGCCAUGGGCCAGGCUUUGCUAAGCUGAAUCGGAGAGAAGGAGCUGGAGGUUGGUCUCCUCUGAGCUCAGACAGAUAUCAGUGGUUGGAGGUCGACCUGGGUGGGCGGACACAAAUCACUGCUGUUGCUACACAAGGCCGCUAUGGCAGCUCUGAUUGGCUGACAGCCUACCUGCUGAUGUUCAGCGACACAGGACACAACUGGAAACAGCAUCGACAGGAAGACAGUAUAGGGGCCUUUCCGGGUAACAGCAACGCAGACAGCGUGGUCCAGCACAGGCUCCAGCACCCAGUGAUUGCUCGCUACAUCCGCCUGAUCCCCCUGGACUGGAAUCCCAAUGGUCGGAUUGGACUCAGACUGGAGACCUAUGGAUGUCCUUACAACUCUGACGUGGUGAGCUUCGAUGGCCGCAGCAGCCUUCUCUACAGGUUGAGUCCCAGGCUGAGGGAAAUGACCAGAGAAAGCAUCUCUCUGAAAUUUAAAACCCUGAGGAAUUCUGGGAUACUGCUUCACAUAGUGGGAAAGAGCGAGCACAGCCUCACCCUAGAGUUAGAGAAAGGAAAGCUUCUCCUGCUCCUCCGAAAAGGCAGGAGUUUUUCUCCUGACAGCCAGCAUCUUGUGUCUCUGGGCAGCCUGUUAGACGACCAACACUGGCACCACGUCACAGUGGAGCAUCACAGCACUCACCUCAACCUCACCGUGGACAAAAGCACACUGUGGGUGCAGAUCCCACCAAAAUUCACCCACUGGGACCAUGACCAGAUGAGUGUUGGAGCAGACCAGGGCCUCGGCUCUAUGAGCUCAGUAGGCUCACACAGAAAUUUCCACGGCUGUUUGGAAAACCUUCUUUACAACGCUGUGAACCUGGUAGACCUCGCUAAACAGAAAGACCAGCUGGUCACUGUGAAGGGUAAUGUGACCUUUUCUUGUGCUGAACCCGUUUUUGUUGCCAUGACGUUCACCAGCCCCCAGAGUUUUCUCUGGUUGCCAGGGGUGACAGAACCAUCAUCAAUGGGCACAUCAGUGGGGCUUCAGUUUCGGACGUGGAACAAGGCGGGGCUGCUGCUGACCUUUGAUCUCCCAAAGCAAGGGGGUGCAGUCUGGCUGUACCUGAGCAAAGCCAGGCUCCAUCUACAGAUCCACAAGUCUGGCAGGGCGCCGCUGGAGCUCAAUGCAGGUUCAGCUCUGAAUGACGGUCAGUGGCACUCUGUAGAGCUGAUUUCCAGACGAGGACAUCUGACUGUCUCCGUAGACGGAGAAGAAGGAGCCUCUGCUCACGCCAGUCCCUCAUUUCUUGUUCCCACAGGAACACAACUUUUCUUUGGUGGUUGCCCUACUGAAGGGAGCAGCCAGGAGUGUAUGAACCCCUUCACAGCUUUCCAGGGCUGCAUGCGUCUGUUGACUAUGGACAACCAACCGGUGGACUUGAUCAUGGUGCAGCAGAGGCUGAUGGGAAACUACAAUCACCUGCAGAUUGACAUGUGUGGCAUCAUCGACAGGUGUUCUCCGAGUCACUGUGAACAUGGAGGCAGCUGCAGUCAAUCAUGGAACACCUUCCACUGUAACUGCUCCAGCACCGGCUACAGCGGAGCAACCUGUCAAAGCUCGAUAUACGAGCAGUCCUGUGAGGCAUACAAACACAAAGGCAACACGUCAGGGUAUUAUUACAUUGAUGUGGAUGGCAGCGGACCCAUCAGACCACAGCUAAUAUACUGCAACAUGACAGAGGACAAAACGUGGAUGGUGAUCCAGCACAAUAAUACAGAACUGACCAGAGUCAGACCCUCACCGGGAAAGAAUCAGCACUCAGCUCACUUUGAAUACACAUCUGAGGAGGAGCAGCUGGCAGCCAUCAUUAGCCAAUCAGAGCACUGCGAACAGGAACUGACCUACCACUGCAGGAAGUCACGCCUCCUCAACACACCGGACGGCCCUCCACUCAGCUGGUGGGUAGGGGGUCCAGGUGUAGGACAGGUGCAGGCUUAUUGGGGCGGGGCUCCACCAGGCAGCCAGCAGUGUGCCUGCGGCCUGCGGGAGGACUGUGUGGACCCCAAACAUCACUGCAACUGUGAUGCUGACCGCACUGAAUGGGCGAAUGACUCAGGCCUGCUGACCCAUAAAGAGACCCUCCCUGUCAGAUCUCUGGUGCUGGGUGAUAUCCAAAGGCCUGGCUCAGAAAGCGCCUACAGGGUGGGGCAUCUCCGUUGCCAUGGAGACAAAAAUGUCUGGAACGCUGCAUUUUUUGACAAGGAGACGUCGUACCUCCACUUUCCCACAUUCCACGGAGAGCUGAGCGCAGACAUCUCCUUCCUAUUUAAAACCACUUCAUCCUCUGGUGUCUUCCUGGAAAACUUGGGCAUCAAAGACUUCAUUCGGAUCGAACUCAGCUCCUCCACUGAGGUCCUCUUCUCCUUUGACGUGGGUAACGGUCCGUUGGAAGUUCGUGUGAAGGCUGGCUUCCCGCUGAACGACAACAGGUGGCAUCGCAUUCGAGCCGAGCGUAACGUUAAAGAGGCAUCACUUCGCCUCGACGAGCUCCCUGCUGCCACGCAGGAGGCUCCUGCUGAUGGGCACAUCCACCUACAGCUGAACAGCCAGUUAUUUAUAGGAGGCACGGCAUCCAGACAGAAGGGCUUUCGGGGUUGUAUUCGCUCUCUGCAGCUGAAUGGCGUCACCCUGGACCUGGAGGAGAGAGCGAAGAUCACCCCCGGGGUUCAGGCGGGAUGUCCAGGCCACUGCAGCAGCUAUGGCUCGCUCUGCCAGAACCAAGGUCACUGUGUGGAGAGAUCCAACAGCUUUUCCUGCGACUGUGGUCCAUCUGCUUACACUGGAGCCUUCUGCGACAGAGAGGUUUCAGCCAGUUUCAAGUCGGGAAUUUCCGUCAGCUACACCUUUAAGGAGCCAGUGUUGAACGAACUGAACAGGAGCAGCAGUGCGCUGCCCUCAUCCACCCACUCUGACAUGACCCUGAGAGCAGAAAACAUCUCCCUGAGCUUCAGGACCAGCCAGAGUCCAGCUCUGCUCCUCUUCGUCGGCUCCUACCACAGAGAGUACCUGGCUCUGCUUCUCAACAAGCAUGACAAGCUGGAGGUGAGAUACAGACUGGACAGCAGCAAAGAUGCUGAGAUCCUGAGGAGCAAAGUGAGGAACCUCGCCAACGGACAGCUACAUGCAGUUACCAUCAGCAGACUGGCAGACGCUGUCUCUGUGCAGAUUGACCAGAACAACAAAGAGGACUUCAACCUGACAUUUGAUGUAGAAUUUAAUGCCAUCAGGUCGUUGGUUCUUGGCAGAGUGCAUGACUCUGGUGAGUUGGACCCGGAGCUGUCUCGGCUUGCCUCUCUGGGUUUCACAGGCUGUCUGUCUGCUGUCCUCUUUAACUCCAUCAGCCCUCUGAAAGCUGCUCUGCUCCACCCAGACACCAGCCCUGUUAUCAUUACUGGUCCGCUGAUCCAGUCCAUUUGUGGCUCCACUUCCGCCAAUCCCCACGCAGCAGAAACAACGCAUCACCUAUCAGGUCAGUCUGGAUCAGUGGGAACAGGUCAGCCUUUAGUGAAUGCCAUCAGGAGUGACUCAGCUCUAAUUGGAGGUGUGAUAGCGGUGGUGAUCUUUGUGAUCGUGUCUGCAUUAGCCAUAAUGGUCCGAGUCCUCUACAGGAGGAAAGGGAUGUGUCAGAGCCAGGAAGUAAAAACAGUAAAACCUGAAGGCAGCCCGGAGCUGCCGUUCAGCAGCUCUCAGAACGGUCUGAGUGAGAACCAGAAAGAAUAUUUUAUUUAGGUGAAGGUUCGGCCUGCUGCUGACCUGGCAGUGUUGGAGCUGAGGAGACGCACGGAGACAGAGAUGCCUUGUCAAGCCUCAGUGCUUUACACUUCAAACUGAGCCCAGGCAGUGGCUCAACAAGACAGGAAGACACAAACAGAACUCUACACUCAUGUUCUGUCAUAUUUUGUUUUGUUUCGUUUCGUUUUUGUUUCUGUGGUUGUAUUUUUGUAAAGACUGUAUAUAAAUACACAAGAACAAAGUGUUGAAUUUAUAAUCUGUCAAUACUGUCAGUAGAACAAUUGUAAAUAUUUAAUGAUGUAAAUCUUAAAAUUAUGACUUUAUAUCAAUCAGUCCUUUCCCUGUCAUAUUGAAAUGUUUGAAAUGAUUAAAUGAGGAACUGUAUUAUUCAUGGAAUUGUUGGUAUGAAAAAUUACAACAGCUUCGUUGGGUUUGGGGUGAUUUAAAUACAUUUUCCGACAUGGUUAAUGAAUGUUUGCUGUUUUGAGUGAGUGAGCCUAGUUAAUUCAAUUUCCAGUUGUUUUCAUGGUUUUAGUUUUUUGUUGAUGUUUUAUUUUUUUUGUACCUACUGCAUGACGUGGGAAAGCAAAAUGUAUCCGUUCACAUUGAACAUUUCUCAUUUUGUCAGAAAGUCUUUGCGUUUUAUUCACCAUGAUUUUCUUUCAUUACGUUACAGCUUGAAGCAAAGCUUAGCUCAUAUUUAUUUUCCUUUUAUAUCCCUUUGCUUGAUUUCUUCUUUCUGUGCCUUUCCUGCCUGUAGCUCUCAGUGUAGUUCUGAAUAGUAAAGGGAUAAAGACAGACACAGUUACUGUGGACUACAAAAUAUUCCAGCCUUUCUGUUCCCAACAUCAUUUCAACGAAAACGUUUUAUUUCUAUUCUUUUAAACACAAAUGUCCAUUUUUGAAAGGCAGAUUCAGAGAAGCAAAACAAGUAUGAAAGUGUGAAAAUAAAAAUCAUGUUGGUGGAGAGCAAAGGAUUUCAUGGAAAGUGACUCAUUGAGGUGUUAUUCAGGUCUAACCAGUCGAGCAACAAAACCGACACAAAGUAAGAAUAAAGUGUAAAUGUAUUUGAUGUUUUUUUCCGUUCAACACUGCUGUGACCAGGCUGUAGUAUGUUGUCAUAAUAUGACCACUAAUUCAUCACACAUUUCUGUGUCUGCAGAAACACUUUCAUAUUGAGUUAAAAAGCCUUCAUAAAAAUGCCCCCAAACAGCCAACGAACUGCCACUUGGACAAACCUGACUACUAAAAGUUAAAAGAAAUAAGUUAUGUGAUAAAUAUCUAUCUCAUAAUAGCAUGGCAUGCUUGGAAGGGAGACAGGGCAUGCUGGGAAACAGGUGUAGCUUUCUACUACUCCACAACAGAAACAUUCACUGAACAUAAAAACCAGUAAUAUGAUCAGCUUCAGCCUGGCGGUACAGCAUGUUGUAUGACAAAGCUACAUUAUCUGUAAAACUAAUGAAUACACAGACUGAGGACACUGGAGCUUUAUACAGUGUCAACUGUUUACUGAAUGUCACUUUAAAUUGUUUAGAAGAAUCAGUUUCUAGUUUGGAUGUCAGAAGUUUGGUUUCUCUCCUGGCAGUACAUCACUUUUGAACUAUAACAACAUAAUGAUCUUGACAGUAUGGAGGAUAAUUGUAAUUGAGUGACUUGCUGUAAGAUUUGAAUUUGUAUAGACAUUUUAGUAAGAAACACAAUUCUGUUCAGUGAAAAUAAAACGUUUGAUCUUU